ACGUGAAGACACAGAGAGAAGGCAGUGUCUGCAAGCCGGGAAGAGUGCUCUCUCCAGGACCCUGAAUGUGCCAGAGCCUUGGUCUUGGACUUUCUAGCCUACCAAACCAGAUGAUUUAUAUAAUGAAGAAAGAAGAGAUUUUUUGGGCUUCUGUAUGUCUGCUGCUUUGUUGUGCCUCUGUCCCUCUUAAUGCUGUUCCCGAGGAAGGUGAAGAACAUGGAAACGUUACAGAUGCUGAGUUACCACCACUUAAGCUUGUGCAUUCAUUUUGUGCAUUAAAAGCGGAUGAUGGCCCAUGCAAAGCAAUGAUGAAGAGAUUUUUUUUCAAUAUCCAUACUCAAAAGUGUGAAGAAUUUGUAUAUGGGGGAUGUGAAGGAAACCAGAAUCGAUUUGAAAGCCUAGAAGAGUGCAAAGAAAAAUGUACAAGAGCAUCUUAUCUAAAGAAGACUAGAAGGACAAAGACAACAUUACAAAAAGAAAAGCCAGAUUUCUGCUUUUUGGAAGAAGAUGCCGGAAUCUGUCGAGGUUAUAUUACUAGGUAUUUUUAUAACAAUCAAUCAAAACAGUGUGAACGUUUCAAGUACGGUGGGUGUCUCGGCAAUCUAAACAACUUUGAAUCACUGGAAGAAUGCAAGAACACCUGUGAGGAUGUGUUGAAUGAUUUCCAGGUGGGAGAUAACAGAACCCAGCUUGAGGCUAUGAAUAAUGACUCCUUGUCCCCCCAGCCCACCAAGGUUCCCAGCUUUUGGGAAUUUUACGGCCCCUCCUGGUGUCUGACCCCAGCCGAUAGAGGACUGUGUCAAGCCAACGAGAGCCGAUUCUACUACAAUUCAACCAUUGGGAAAUGCCGCCCAUUUAAGUACAGUGGAUGUGGAGGAAACGAAAACAAUUUUACUUCUAAAAAAGCAUGUCUUAGGACUUGCAAAAAAGGUUUCAUCCAAAGAUUAUCAAAAGGAGGAUUAAUUAAAACCAAAAGAAAAAGAAAGAAGCAGACAGUGAAAAUAAUCUAUGAAAAAAUUUUUGUUAAAAAAGAUAAAAAUUUGCUGCAUUAUUACAACAUCACUUCUAAAUAUUUUGGAUGAAACUGUUCACUAUAUUUGUACUUUUUUCUUUCCUUUCAAUGAAAUAUUUUUGUGAGUUUUCAUAUAUAUGUAUUACCUGUUAAUACAUUUGCAUCACAGUUUCUUUUAUAAUCUAGUCAAAUUGCUUAUUUUAGGGCUAUAAUUAACUGAUUACUAUGAAUUAUUCUCUCAAUCCCUUUCUAACUAUUUGCCAUUUAACUACAAAUUACCAUACUAGUGGCCACAAAAAUAAGUCAGUUUUUCCAUUUGGUGAUCAUCUAUUUGAGAAUAUGUUGUCACUUACUUAUUUUGAUCAUGUAUACAGUGAUCUCCUUUAAAACCUCUGCCCAAAUUAAGAAAUGCAACUUUUACAUAUCAAUCAUUUUUUGGGUUUCAUAUCUAUCAUGGGGACAAGUACCUUCUUCCAAUAAAAAUCACUCAAAUUGUGCAUUUUGAAAAAGCUGGUAGUAAAAUUCUAUCUUGUGCUUCCCUCCUUAGACAUACUUUUUCUCUUUGUAUACUAACAAGUAUCUCUAUUGAUCAUGAGCCAAACCAUUAUCUGAACAAAGAGAGUCAGCUCUGUCAUGUGCAUGAUUUUGAUUGGCUUUUUUUUUUUGGUUAUGGUCUAAUAUAACAGUAAAGAUGGUUGAACAGUGUGUGUUAAAUGUAGAUCAUGAUAAGAAGAAACUUGGUAGAAAAGGGAAGUUUUUAAUGACAAUCAAAAGGGAAUUUCUGUUUACAUACUUCCUAAUUUUUAUUGACAAACUUUUCUUUUACCAAAAUAGCAAGAAUAUUUAAACCUCCUGUGACCUACCUAUUCAUUUAUCAGUAGGGUUUGCAAUGACAGCAGUAAGUCAUGCUUCAAAAAAAAUCAUGUUGUUUCUGUAGAAGAGGGUGAGAAAAUUAUCAGCAAGUAAGAUUCUACUAGAAAAUCUAUGUGCUAUUCACUCUCAGGGUCUUAAUUAACAUUUCUCUGGAGUUAAUUCUCUUUAUCCAGAUCUGUCUUUCCUUCUCUGCUGAACCAUGUGAAGUCUGGAAUCUCAACAGCCUCCUAGACAUUUCAGUCUCUCUAGUGUUCACAUCAAAUUUCACAUUUAAUUUGAAAUUGUCUUUUAGAAAUAAUAACCACUUCAUCCAUUUAGUUUAGCUUAAUGACUUCUCUUUAGGAAUAAUAUUAUAUUUGUUCCUAAGGCUUAAGUUUGAACCCAAUUUUGAUUUCUUACUUUCCUUCAUAUAGCACAUCUAAUCUGUCUCUAAAGACUAUUGCUUCCUUUUUCAUAUAGUUUAUCCAACUCUCCGGCUUUUUACCCCUACUGAAUUCUUCACAUCAGUAUUGAUACAAUUCAGUAUACCUCUCCACCACUUAAAAUCCUUCAAAGACUCACUAGUUGGUACUUAACCCUACCCCAUCCCCCACAAUUUAAUUUUUAUAUAUAUAUGUUUUUUGGACUUCUCUACACUACUCUCUUUCAUGACAAUUUCAAUUCAGUUAAAAGGGUAUUCACUGUUCACUGAAUGCUUCUUUAGUUACUCAGCUUAUUCAUGCUGAUUUCUUAUUUAAAAAUCUGGUCCCCUCCAGAUUCAUCUGAAGUCUGGGUCCAGCUGAUAUGAACUACAAAAUCAUUGCAUUUUUAGGCAGAAUGUGAAGUCCUAACAUACAGUCACAAAUCAUUAAAAUUAUACCAUUACAUGUGGCAUAAAAUUAUAUUAUCACAAAAUAGUGUCAGUUCACUUAAUAAAACUGUUAUAACUUCAUUUCAAAUAUUGAGUAUAUAAGUAACUGUUUUAGAGAGAGUGUUUGUUGUAGAAUUUUGAGACUUUUGGAAAUCAAAAUCCCUUUUGAAAUACGCUCUGCUGUCAUUUACAGGUGGAUAACAAUAGCUUUAAAUAAAGGGUAAAGUAUCUAGUCAAGUGGCAAGUUGCCACCACGGACAUAUAAACAGCACAUUCAUCAGUGAGUUGAUUAGUUAUUUGCUCUAACAAACAUUCCUGAGUUCAUUACUUAGUCAAGAAAGACACAAUGAGAUGGUGUGUAAUAUUUAAUGCAUGUGAAUAUUAUCUUUACUGUGUUUUUAAAUAAGAAGCCUUCUGUUAGUACUGUUUUGCUUUACAUAAUCAAAUACACUUAACUGUGAAUUUCAUACAGUAUUACAUUGUAUAGCGUAUACAUGUAUUUACCUACUUUGUUUAUUGUUUGUUCAAAUUUAACAGGUAAUGCUGAAAACUGCUCAAGUGAUUUUAUUUUUACAUGGUAAGAAAUAUAAUAUUAUCCUGAAUAAUAACAAGUAUGAUGGCUAGACUCAAAGUUUUUUUUAUUGCAAAAAAAUUUAGUGCUCUUUAGUUAGAACCCUAAGACAAAGAAAAAAAUUGUUGCACAAGCUCCAGUCAACUUUUACCUCCUUUAAUUCAAAUAUGAUAAUCUCCUUUCAGUUAUGAUUUUAAUUCUAUGUAUUAUGACUUCUUAUUUGUUAAACAAAUCAGUACACUAUAUCUUACAAUCCAUAUAUUCUACAUUCAAUGCAUUUCAUAUGUAUUUCUACUAACCACCUUAUAAAUAAUUGUAUAAAUUUGGCAUAUAUAUGGAAAGAUAUACCAUGUAACUAUACUUUUAUACUUGACUUCUAAUCUUGACUAUUUCCAUACCAGAGGAAGGAAGAAAAUGACACUGAAAUAAACUAUGUAGGUGACUUCUUGAUUUUUAAAAAAA